AUGGAUUUUUAUGGCGUUUUAUAUGUUCCCAACUUUUUACUGGUCACCUUGUUUUUUCUACUCAGCCUUUAUCUCUAUGGAAGAAGAAAUUUUGGCUAUUUUGCAGCCUAUGGAAUUAAAGGUCCAAAACCAAUAGCUUUUCUUGGAAAUCUUAAAGAAAUAAAGGAUUGGGAGUAUGCUUACGUGUUUUUAAAAUGGCAGAAAGAAUAUGGUGACAAUUAUGGGAUCUAUUUGGGAUCGGAUCCUCAUUUAGUUGUUGGUGACCCUGAAAUUAUAGAGAAAAUUUUGAUCAAACAUUUCUCCAAUUUUAUAAACAGAAGGCUACCCUAUCCACUGGAUGAGUACACUAACAAUACGGUAUCUUUUGCCAGAGAUGACCACUGGAAAUACCUUCGUACUAUUUUGUCCCCAUCUUACAGCGCGAAAAAAUUACGUGAGAUCGUGCCAAUGAUUGAAGAUACUCUAAAAAUUUUAGAAAUGCACUUAAAAAAGAUUGAAGACAGUAAAGAACCAGCAGAUUUCCAUGCUUUGUUUUCCGGUUUUACAAUGGAUGUUAUUGCCACGACUGGUUUUGGAAUUAAAGUCGAUUCCCAAGAAAAUCCUGAAAGCCCUCUUGUCAAAAAUGCUAAGGAAGCGUUUGUUUCAAACGUUUUUGCAUCUUUACAGGUUGUAGCUACCAUUUUCCCUACUGUUGCAAUUAUUGCCAAGUGGUUCAAAAAGGGUGUAUUAUUUGGUAAUAUUACCUAUUUUGUUGAAUAUUCCCUUGAACUCUAUUACUCAAUCUCUCUCUCUCUCUCUCUCUCUCUCUCUCUAUCUAUCUAUCUAUCUAUCUAUCUAUCUAUCUAUCUCAAAUAUUUCUGCCAUUUAAAAUUGCAGACGCAUAAAGAUCUGCUUCAACUGCUGUUGGAUUCUCAACUUGAAGGCCAUGAAAAGUUGGACAAGAAAACUGAACAUGAACUCAAACUGGAAAAUAUAACAGACUGGAGAACAAAAAGAGGUCUUACAGAUUUAGAAAUCAUUUCACAGUUUGUCAUUUUAUUUGUCGCCGGCUUCGAUUCCAUAUCAGCAACACUUUCCAGUUUUUUUCACUCUAUAGCAUACAAUCCUGAAAUUCAGGAGAGACUUUAUAAAGAAAUACAAGAAAAUCUGGGAGAGGAAUCUCCAAAUUAUGAUAAUGUGCAGAAGCUGACAUAUCUUCGGAUGUGUAUGGAGGAGACGUUGCGAAUGUAUCCAGUUGGUACACUGUUGACAAGAGAAACUAAAGAAGACUGUAUCAUAAAAGGGCUGAAAAUUCCAAGUGGUUCAGGAAUCCUUAUUUCCACAAGGAGUUUGCAUUAUGAUGAGAGGUACUGGUCGGAACCGGAAAAAUUUAAUCCUGAACGCUUCAGUGAAGAAAACAAGGCCAAACAAAUACCAUUCACGUAUCUUCCUUUUGGAGAUGGUCCACGAAUCUGUCCUGGAAAGCGAUUGGCUGAACUUGAAUUCAAGAUGGCCGCUGUACAAUUGUUGAGGAAAUAUCGCGUUUUUGUUUGUAACAAGUCUGAAGAGAAAAUUGAGUUGUCUCAAUCAAUGGUAAUGAAACCAGAGAAACCAAUCUGGCUCAAGAUUGAACGCCGUUAA